AUGUCCCACCUUGCGAGUUACAUUGAGAAGAAGGUCGUGAUCCUGACCGUUGAUUCGCGAAUGCUCGUCGGUAAGCUCGAGAGUUUUGACAACUCGACCAAUUUGGUCCUCUCAGGUGCUGUCGAACGAGUGAUCCGGGCACACGACGAUGCCGAGGAUUCCGAACAAGUCCCGUUAGGAUUGUACAUUGUCAGAGGUGAUAACGUGUGCGUUGUGGGCUUGGUAGACGAGAAGAUCGAGAAUGAUAUCGACUGGUCGAAAGUCAGAGGAAAUCCAAUUGGGACGACGAAGCACAUCUAG